AUGUCGAACAACUUUGGGACGGAGCAGGACAAGGUGAACUGCUCGUUCUACUUCAAAAUCGGCGCAUGUCGUCACGGGGAGCGGUGCUCGCGCCGGCACGUCGAGCCGACUUCGUCGCGGACGAUCCUCUUGUCGAACGUCUACCAAAACCCCCGCCACCUCAACCCCAACUGCCAGCUGACCGACGCCGAGCUCCAGGCGGAGUUUGACGACUUUUACCAGGACGUGUUCAUUGAGCUGAGCAAGCUGGGUGAGCUCGUCGAGAUGCACGUGUGUGACAACGUCGGCGACCACCUCAUCGGCAAUGUCUACGCACGCUACGAGUCGGAGGACGACGCACAGCACGCGAUCGACGCGCUCAACCGCCGCUGGUUCAACAGCCGGCCGAUCUUUGCGGAGCUCUCUCCGGUGAGCGACUUCCGCGAGGCGUGUUGCCGCCAAAACGAGACCAACGAAUGCAACCGCGGCGGUUUGUGCAACUUUAUGCACCUUCGUCACCCCACUCCCGAGCUCCUGCGCGAGUUGCAGCACGAGCUCCAGGUGGAAAACCGCGAGCGGAGACGCGAAAAGUAUGCCAAGGAGAGCUUUAUGCGCCUCGGCUGGAAGGAACGCCUCGCCGCGCAGGAGGCCGAGGCGGCACGCAAUCAGCUGCCGGCUCCCCCGGCGCCGCCGCGCAACUGGCGCGAGGGCAAGAGUGGUGGCGACUGGCGCGCCGCGCCCGAGGCCGCCGAGGCGCCGACUGCUGCUGCAUAG